AUGGCAACAACAAUGACCACCGCCUACAUCUGCGACCACUUCUCCGGGCCCGACCGCGAGAACUACCGCACCGUCGACUACGAGUGCUACGACUGCAUGAACAAGACGCUCUUCGAGAUCGAUAAAGCUUGCUAUACGCGCUGGGUGCCUGUGAUCGAGCAGAAACAUAGUCGUAUAGCGCUGAUCGAGGCGUUGGAUCCUAAGGCGAUCUGCGCGACAUUCAAUUGGACCAAUGCCAGCGAGCUGAGGCACUUGAAGGAGGACUUGGACGAAGCGAUCAAGAAGUUUGAUAAGGAGGUUGAGGGGAUUUGGGCGAAGUUGAAGGAGCACUAUGGGCCGAACGGGGAGGAUUUGAAGGCGAUGGAGGAGGACUUUUUGAUCGCGAGUGAGGAGGCAUUGCUGGAUGCGAUGAUGAUGUGA